GCUCGAUAUGUCCAUCGGGGAAUAUAAACAAAAACUCCUGAUAUCUUGUCCCAGUGUUGCUUUUGCUUAUGAUAUUUAUUGCUAUAUCUUAUUGAAAAUUAGUUGUAAUACACAAAAUCAAGCAAAGAAUGGCGAAACAUAAAGAGUUCAACGAGCUAUGCAGAUUGUGUUUGAAAAAUGCCGACUCGUUGGAGGAGAUUUUCGAAGGAACUGAAAAUUCUAUGGUUCUUCGUAUAAUGGCUAGUGUUUCGUUGGAGGUUCACCAAAACGAUAGCUUACCGAAGAAUAUCUGUAGUCCGUGUCGUUACCAGUUAGAAAAAACUUAUGUUUUUCGAAGCAAAUGUCGUGAGAACGAUAUCAAGCUGAGGCGUCAUGUAAAGCUGCUUGCGGCAGGGAAAGUUAGUUCUCUUGCGUGUGACUCGGACGAUGACGAGAUCGAGUUCGAAUCUAGUUUGCAAUAUAUCAAAUCUUUUGAGAUGGAAACGGAAACGAAGAAACAAUUAGAAUGGCAAGCUAAAGAAGAUUCUUUAAGAAAAGAAUUUCAGGCCUCGGCAGCCCGGGAAAGGAGCACAAUAUUCGAAACGUUUAGGCGGAAAAACGCCAACCGUCGAAAUAUGAUGCAGGAUGCUUGCACAAGUACGGAAGAGUUGGGUGACGUCAUAAUAGAAUCCAGUGUCUCGUAUGAAGACGUUCAAGAGGAAAUAGUUCAAACGUUUGAAAACAUGUCUGAGGAAAACGUGAAUCAUGAUGAUAUUCAGCAAUCGGAAGCUAUGGAUCAUGAAUCAGUUGAUAGUUCUAAAGAAAAUUUGAUCACUAUUGUAGAUUCUGGUGUAGCAUUUGCUAAGCAAGAUCACGAUAUGGUUCAAUAUUUUGAUCAUGGAGAUAUGGAAGCUGGGGAGAUUGAAGAAGACACAAGUAAAAGUACAAUCACUGUCGCUAAUGACGAACAGAAUGUAGAUCUCGUAAGCAACGCUUCAGCAAGUAUGAUUCCUGACGCGGAUCGUUUUGUUAUCAGUGAUGUCUCUGAUACGGAUACUUAUGUACUCGAGGACGAACUGGAGCGCGAAGAACAUAAUCUCUACGGGUCAUUAGACGAUUCGGACGAGGACUUUGAAGCGGUCACGAAUGCAGUUAAAGCGGAACUAGCUGACCAACCUGGGUUCAAUGGUGAAAAUUGCAUCAUGAAGGUAGAAAAAGCUCGAGAUUUGACAAAGGUUGAAGUCCGUGCUGACGACGGCUCGAUUAUAUGUAUGGAGUUCAGCACAGAACCGACGCAAAACCCUACUUCGCCAGCUAAAAGUUUUGAGGCUCAAAUAUCGGGUAUAUUAAAGUGCUCGUAUUGCAAGCGAGUAUUUCGAUCCCGAGAUCUUUUGCGAGAACACAAUGAAACCGAACAUCCAAACAUGCCAAAGGGGCACAGUUGCGACAUCUGUGACAAAUGGUGCCCAACCAAAAGUUCGUUCGAAAGACAUUUUCGAAUUCACACAGGAGAAAAGCCAUUUGUUUGUGGUGAAUGUGGCAGAAGUUUUGUUCAGAAGGAAAUUUUGAAACGACAUAUGUUGAUUCAUACGAACAAUCGUCCUUUUGCCUGCGACCACUGCCCGAAACGAUUUAAUCAAAAGGACCAACUUCGAAAUCACCUUAAUAAUAGCCACACGAAAAAUCCAGUCAUCACCAUCCAUAAGUGCACCCUGUGUUCGAAAGAGUUCAGAUAUUCGUCUGGACUCAGUCGGCAUUUAGCAAUGCAUUAUGGGCGAACCUUCACUUGCGCUUGUGGUCGCGUAUUCAACGAUAAAAGUGCCCUAAACCGACAUGAGAUGACAUUGCAUCAGAAAAGUAGCAAGAAUAAUAAGUCAAAAAAUUGAAUAUCAAUUCGAUUCGACUGAAUAAUAGCCUUCUACUUUUGCAUUCUUUCAACGGCGAAAAAAUGAGUGCACUUAAGAGACUUUUUUUUAAACAUAUGCGAGGAAGCUUAUGUUGUAUCUAGAGUGCCUGAAGGUGGAGUGACGACAGCUGUUUGUUUGGAACAAAUAGCAUCGUCAGUGUCGUUCCAAUCGUGCCAGCAGUAGCGACCUGUCAAAAAUAAUAUAAAGCUUACGAAACUGUCACCAUUUCGUAUUAAUUGUUUUGAGUUGUUGCCAACAUUACGGAUGAGAUGUAGUCAUUCUAUUUACAGGCUCUCUAGUUAUAUCUAAAUCGUGAAAAGUGACAUCUACGAAAGUUUUGAUUUUGUUUGUCACAGUAGGAUAAUAUAUCUUUAUAAUUGUAAGAAAUUCGUUAGAUAACUUUGUAAUAAA